CCCCCCCCCCCCGCGGAGCAGCGCUUGUCACUGUCAGGUCAAAAGUCCUAGAGAAGAAAACUUUCAGAAGAAGUUCCUUAGUGUGAUUGAAUAGAAUUAUCAGUGGACUGAGAAAAUUUAAACACCUUUCCUAAAGAAAACCCGGACAUACAGUAACUUCACAGACGGAACUGGGGAUUUUACCCUUAUUUAUCUUUGGGCUUUGAUACUUGAACCUAUUUGGAAUUUUUCUCAUGUGGAUCUAAGAGGAAUGCUUUAUUAUGGCUGCUGUUGUCCAACAGAACGACCUACUAUUUGAAUUUGCUAGUAACGUCAUGGAGGAUGAACAACAGCUUGGUGAUCCAGCUGUUUUUCCUGCUGUAAUUGUGGAACAUGUUCCUGGUGCUGAUAUUCUCAAUAGUUAUGCGGGUCUGGCUUGUGUGGAAGAACCCAGCGACAUGAUUACUGAGAGCUCCCUAGACGUUGCUGAAGAAGAAAUCAUAGAUGAUGAUGAUGAUGAUGAUGAUGAUAUUACCCUCACAGUUGAAGCUUCUUGUCAAAAUGGUGAUGAAACCAUUGAAACUAUUGAAGCUGCUGAAGCUCUCCUCAAUAUGGAUUCUCCUGACCCAAUGCUGGAUGAAAAACGGCUAAAUAAUAAUAUAUUUAGUUCAUCUGAAGAUGACAUUAUUGUUGCCCCAAUCACCCAUGUAUCCGUCACAGUAGAUGGAAUUCCUGAAGUCAUGGAAACUCAGCAGAUUCAAGAGACAUAUGCACAUUCACCAGGAGCUUCAUCACCAGAACAGCCAAAGAGGAAAAAAGGAAGAAAAACUAAACCAUCACGACCAGAUUCCCCAGCCACAACUCCAAACAUAUCUGUGAAGAAGAAAAGCAAAGAUGGGAAAGGAAAUACAAUUUAUCUGUGGGAGUUUUUGCUGGCAUUGCUUCAAGACAAAGCUACUUGUCCUAAAUAUAUCAAAUGGACCCAGAAAGAAAAAGGCAUUUUUAAAUUGGUAGAUUCCAAAGCAGUAUCCAAGUUGUGGGGGAAGCAUAAAAACAAACCUGAUAUGAAUUAUGAGACCAUGGGAAGAGCUCUCAGGUACUAUUACCAAAGGGGUAUUUUGGCAAAAGUAGAAGGUCAGCGGUUGGUGUAUCAGUUCAAGGAAAUGCCAAAAGACGUUAUUUACAUUGAUGAUGAGGAUCCUAGUUCCAGCGUAGCGUCUCCAGAUUCUUCACUGUCUUCCACAACCACUUCAAAUAGAAACCAACAAAAUCGAUCAAGAGGAUCUUCAAGUCCGGCAAUUAAAGGAGUCACUGCAGUCCUAAAACCUGGGAAUUCUAAAGUUGCAAAAUCCAAAGAUCCUGGGGAAGUGACACAGACACCAGAAAUUCUGAGGACAGUGCAGCCCACACAGUCUUCAUUUCCUACCCAGCUGUUUCGAACUAUUCACGUAGUACAACCAGUACAAGCUGUUCCAGAAGGAGAAGCAACCGGAACCAAUAAUGUGCAGGAUGAAACAUUAAAUUCUUCCGUUCAGAGUAUUAGGACCAUACAAGCUCCAACCCAAGUCCCAGUUGUUGUAUCUCCUGCGAACCAGCAGUUACAUACAGUAACACUCCAAACAGUGCCAAUCACAACAGUGAUAGCCAGUAGAGAUCCAUCUUCAGGUGCUGGGUCUCAGAAAUUUAUUUUACAAGCCAUUCCAUCAUCACAACCUUUGACUGUACUGAAAGAAAAUGUCAUGAUACAGUCACAGAAAGCUGGUUCUCCCCCGAUUGUCUUUAGUCCUGCCCAAGUUCAGCAGGUUCUUACUAGCAAUGUCCAGUCCAUUUGUAAUGGAACUGUCAGUAUGACUUCAUCUCCAUCCUUCAAUGCUACAACACCUACAACACCAGUAGUGACCUUUUCUCCUCAAAGUUCACAAGUUGCUCACCCACCUGGCACUGUAAUCACUUCAGUUAUCAAAGCACAAGAAACAAAAACUUUAACACAAGAAGUAGAGAAAAAGGAGAUUGAAGAUAAUUUGAAAGAAGACACUGAGAAAACUGAGCAACAGCCACAGCCUUAUGUGAUGGUGGUGUCCAGUUCUAAUGGAUUUACCUCUCAGGUAGCUGUGCAACAAAAUGAACUGCUGGAACCAAACUCUUUUUAAUUAGCAUACCAAAGAAAUUGUCU